AUGGAAAUCAGUGUAUCGGUUGAGGAUCGACUAAAAGUGUAUGAAAAAUGUAAAACACAUUUAGGCGGCCAUUGGAGUGAUGUUAGUGCCGACCAACUGGUCAUCAAACGCGUUACUGAUUAUAUGAGGGAAGUGCGCGAUUCAACACAACUACUGGCUAUUGACAUAUUGAUGGCAGAGAUUAAUAUAUCGCCCAAAAUAUACAGUUGUCGUUAUUUCAAUGCCGACGACGACCUCAACCCUAUUGCCGUCAAACUAUUGGCACAAAAGGUGGCAAAAAUGCACUCAAAAUACAUACCGAUUGCCAGAAACGGCACACAAAAGACAAUGAAAAUAGUUUUUGAGGACUGGUUUGAUAGCCACCGGAUUGAGUCCUACAGACAGGGAGUCAUACGUAAAGAGAUAGAGAAACAAAAGUGUGAAACACUUAUGGAAAUGGAUUUCGUGGCUGAGUUGGCGUGGGUUAGGAAAGCCGUCGUCCACCUCAAGAGUCCGGUAGUGUUUUCCCACAACGACCUCAACCGCCGCAAUAUACUCGUCCGCAAUGGAGAUAAUGACCACAAUUUGGAUGUCUUUAUCAUUGACUUUGAUUGGAGUGGAUAUAUGUAUAGGGGUUUGGAUAUUGGCGACUAUUUUAUACAUUGGUGUCAAACGGAUACGGAUUUAGGGGCCAAUAAUUUCCCGACUGAUCCACAA